UCCAUGGCCUUGAAAUUUUCCCAUCUACUUUUCUUCAUUCUAUGGCUCUCUCUUCUCUUCUUGUUGUUUCGCGAAUUCCGCAACUUCAAGUCGAAAUUCAAAUCCAAGCAAAACAUCGCCAAUAAUCUCAUGAUGACCCCCUAUUCUUCCAUCUCCAAUAUUCAAUACCCCAUUUUGAUCAACAGCAGAAAAGUUCUAGCAAGCAAUUUUGACUUCACCCCAUUUCUAAACCAUCAUCAUCAUCAAAAACAACAACAUACGAAACGUCACCGUUCCUCGUCACCCCCGCGCAUGCCGAAGCCAGUUGAAGCCGGUGAUGAACAUGAUGAUCAUGAUGGGAAUGAGAUUGAUCCACGUUAUGGUGUUGAAAAGCGCCGUGUCCCAACCGGUCCAAACCCUUUGCAUCAUUGAAAUAAUGGGUUCUCAGGUGAAUGUGAUCACAAUCAAUGAAAUAU